AUGAUUAUCCUGAGCGAAAAUAUGAAACAGAAAUUGGCGUUGCUAUCGCCUUAUCUGCCUUACGGGGUGAUAGAAUCCUGGGAGGAUCUGAACCCUCGGCUGUAUCAUGCUGUGCACAUUUACUGGCUCAAGUUCUACGGCAUGUGGUUCAACAACUAUUCACCAAACAAUAUCAAGUUCUGGCUUCAUAUGGUAUACACGCUGACCGUGUUAUGGCUCGUGUGUUUUUUCCCCGGCAUCGGAGAGGUCGUAUAUUUACUAAAGCAAAGAGAAAAUAUAGGAGAUAUCGCCGAUGGAUUGUAUUUAUUUUUGAGUGAGAUGUACACGUACGUCAAGAUUGCUGUGUUUUGGAUGAAUAGGGACAAAGUUAUAAGUCUUUUGGAAUAUUUACAUUGUAAGGAGUUCAAACCAAAAGAGCCGGAGCACAGAGAUAUUAUUACAAAAAGUAUAAAAAGUGCACGUUUUGUUAUGACAUAUUAUUCCACCAUGUGCGUCGGAGCGGUGUCAGUUGGAAUAAUAAUGCCACUAACUGAAAAUUUUGACAUUCUACCAACAAACGUGGAGUACCCAUUUUUCAACGUUUACAGGAGUCCAGCGUACGAGGCAGUUUACAUCCAUCAUAUUUAUUACAAGCCGGCCACAUGCAUCAUAGAUGGGGUUAUGGACACAAUAUUAGCAGCUUUCGUUGCCUCGGCUAUCGGCCAAAUAGAAAUACUGGCUUUCAACCUGCGAAACUUCAACCUAGUAGCCGACAGACAGCGCAGAAGGGACCUAGCACAGAACAAAUAUAUCGAGGAAUAUCCUGCUCAACAUUACGUGCGUUCAGUGCUCAAGGAGUGCAUCAGACACCACAACUGCAUUAUACGAUACGUGUCGAUGAUUGAGAGCGCUUUCAGUUUGGCGUCAGCUUUGCAGUUCAUGCUGAGCGUAAUGGUGCUUUGUUUGAUAGGAAUUCAGUUCCUGUCCAUCGAGAACCCAAGCGCUCAUCCGAUGCAGAUUGCGUGGAUGGGCAUAUACCUCACUUGCAUGCUGAUCGAAGUAUUCAUACUGUGCUGGUUCGGCGACGAACUUAUCUGGAAGAGUAUGGAUCUUGCAAAAGCUGCCUUUGAAGGACCUUGGAUGAACAGUGAUCGUCAGACAAAUAUGUUUAUUAUCAUAUUACUGGAACGAUGCAAACGUCCCUUAAGGUUGUCGGCUGGGAAAAUAUUUACCUUAUCCCUCGACACGUACACAGUUCUCAUCAACUGGUCGUACAAAGCCUUUGCUGUGAUGCGAAACAUGAAGAAAUGAACAAUUACAAAUGUUAUAUUUUUUUUCGCUAAGAUACUUAGUCAUCCUACGCAAUGCUAAAUUAUCGUACAAAGCUGCAAUUUAUUAAGUUUAAAAUGUUAAAAAAUAU